AUGGAAUCGAGGGUGCACGCCGCCAUGCUGCUGUCGGCAAUCGGCCUCUCGGCCGGUGCGCACUCGGAGCGACGACGGCCGAGCGCUGAUCGCGAGGAUGGCUUGAGACUCGAAUUUGACUUCUCCACCGAGAUCGUCAACAACAUGGCCGGCUUCCCUGGAAGCGACGCCGUCGCUGGCUGCUCAAGUGAUUCGCUGGCCAUACCUGGGCAAUCGCCCGCAAAAGGCUUGCUCGACACGAGCAACGCGUGCAACAAGGUGCCGAAUCCCGACCAAGCUAACCACCCAGACGAGACCAUAAGGUACCACAGGAACAAGUUCCGGGAGACCGUCAACUCCGCCUGGGUCGCGAAUGUGUCCAACAACGGCAACCCGUUCGAGUACAUCAGCUGCACCCCAGGCGAGAAGUACAAUGCGUCGGGCAUCUACAACACGUCGUCGGGGACCUCGGACCGGCUGGACCCCGAUGCCGCGACCAACAACGACGGCACCACGCCCGAGAGUGAGCUCUGGUACAUGCCCUUCCGCUGGACGAUGCCGAAGUUCGCCUGCUUCCAGUACAAGAACACGUCGAACUUCUACCUCAUGUACACCGUCGGGCCAGGAGUCAACGGCUACGACUCGGGCCGGAACUUCCUCUUCGCCACCUUCACCCGUAGAGAGGUGGCUCACCCGCCGCCGCCGCCGCCGUCGCCGCCGUCGCCGCCGCCUCCCUCCGCCUCGCCGUCGCCGCCGCCGCCGUCCGCCUCGCCGUCUCCGCCGCCGCCUCUGCCGCCGCCGCCUCUGCCGCCGCCUCCCUCCGCCUCGCCUGCGCCGCCGCCGUCCGCCUCGCCGUCGCCGCCGCCGCCCACGCCGCCGCCUCCCUCCGCCUCGCCUGCGCCGCCGCCGUCCGGCUCGCCGUCGCCGCCGCCGCCCACGCCGCCGCCUCCCUCCGCCUCGCCUGCGCCGCCGCCGUCCGGCUCGCCGUCGCCGCCGCCGCCGUCGGCCUCGCCAUCUCCGCCGCCGAUCCCCGACUUUCCAGCCGAACCGCCGAGCUCGCCACCUUCCGCUCCGCCAGACUUUCCCGCCGAACCGCCGAGCUCGCCACCUUCCGCUCCGCCAGACUUUCCAGCCGAACCGCCGUCCGCCCCGCCAGCCUCCGAGGAGUGCUAUCCGGGCAUCCCCGGUGGGCUGGCUUGCCCGCCCGGGCACUUCCUCGGCUUUGGCAAGAAGGGCGGGUGCCGGACCACGACGUGCGAGACUGGCCAGUACACCGCCCUCCGGGGCAUCACCAAUUUUAACGCGUGCGCGGAAAGGUGCCUCGACGAUGCCACCUGCAAGGCGUUCGAGUGGUUCCCUCGACCCCGCGGUCUGCUCCCUUCCAGGGCACGGUGUGAGAUCCACCGCGACGUCCCCGUGAAAACAGCGGCCGACUGCGGGGAGACCGGUCAGGCCCUUGACCACUGUUGCUGCACGCGGGCUUGA